UUUAUCUCCUCCCAUCUUCCUUUCUUAAAACUCUCCAUUUCUCUUUUUUCCUCUCACUUAUAGCAACAAUCUUGAUCCAUAAAAAAAAAAAAAAAGAGGCUAUUAUUUAAAUUUAAAUUUGAAUUCAAAUGAAGAUUCAAUGUGAUGUGUGUAACAAGAAGGAAGCCGUUGUUUUUUGUACAGCGGAUGAGGCUGCUCUUUGUGAUGAUUGUGAUCAUCGUGUCCAUCAUGUUAACAAACUUGCUAGCAAACAUCAACGUUUUUCUCUCCUUCAACCUUCUCCUAAACAAGCUCCUAUGUGUGACAUCUGUCAGGAAAGGAGGGGUUUCUUGUUUUGUCAACAAGACAGGGCUAUUAUGUGUAGAGAGUGUGAUAUUCCAAUACACAAAGCUAAUGAACACACUCAAAAACACAAUAGAUACCUUCUUACUGGUAUCAAACUCUCAGUAAACUCUGAUCUCUACUCUGCUCCAUCACAAUUACAAUCACAAUCACAAUCAGCAAUUUCCUCCGCGGAUUUGUGUGUUUCAAAUUUGAAGUCUCAGAAUCCCAUUAGUAAGUCUGUUGCUGGUUCUGUUUCUGUUUCCUCCACGAUUACUAGCAACACUAAGGGAGGAGCAGUAUCAUCCGCUGUGGAAUCAGUGAAAGUUGUUAAAGAGAAAGUUGGUGGAUGUAAUAAUAAUGUGCAAUUGGUGAAUGGAGGGGGGAAUAACUUAACAAGUAGUAUAUCAGAGUAUUUAGAGAUGUUGCCUGGUUGGCAUGUUGAAGAUUUUCUUGAUUGUUCAACUCCUAAUGUUUACUCCAAGAAUAUUGGUGAUGAGGAUAUGUUGUCAUUUUGGGAUACUGAUCUUGAGAGUCAAUUGAGUUCUUUUCCACCACAAAAUGUUGGUAUUUGGGUCCCUCAAGCCCCUCCUCUUCCAGAGUCAAAGCAAGAGACUCAGAUCCAAUUUUUUCCUUCACAAAAUUUGAACUUUGGUGGGAAAAUUGGCCUAAAAGAAUCAAGAGAAGUUACUAACAUGAAGUCCAGUAGAAAGUGGACAGAUGACAACUCAUUUGCUGUCCCACAAAUGAAGUCACCUUCCACUUCUUUCAAGAGAUCAAGAACUCUUUGGUAGAAAAUUUGAACGAUGAUCUUCUCUGUAUCGUUCCAAUUUUAUACUGAUGUUUCUAUGCAAGGAUGACAAGCAACAAAUCGAGAUGGCUUCUAUAAUCUUUUUCUCUAACUUGUUCAUCACUUUUGUCUUCUUCUUUUUUUUGGUUUAGUUUGAACCUCAAAAAAAUGAUGAUGACCCUAUCUUUUUGCUACAAUUGGCUUUGUUGUAGUUCUUAAAAUCUCAAGUUUGUUGUGCCUCGUACUAGCUUAGUGCAAGGAUCUUUUUGUUGAUGUAAAUAUCUUUUUUUUUUUUAUGAAUCCUAUGAAUGGAAACUUAAGAUUAGGUAUUGAAUAUG